UUCCAAUCUGGCCAGUUUCAGUUCAUUUAUCUGUUUUCAGUCCAUAAAGAACGAAAAUUCUUUCUCAUCGGUCUUCACAUAUUUGUUUUUUUUGGUGACACUGCGUUUAAGAAAAAAAUUUUAAUUUGUAUAAAAUAGGCGUGCGUUAUUUUAGAGAAAUAUAAUAGAUACAAACUUAAUAUGUCUGAACUUCAGUCAUCUUUACUCUUAAAGAAACAAUUGGCUGAACUAAACAAGAAUCCAGUAGAAGGUUUCUCAGCUGGAUUAAUUGAUGAAAAUGAUAUAUUCCGCUGGGAAGUCCUAAUAAUUGGUCCACCAGAUACGCUUUAUGAAGGAGGCUUUUUUAAAGCACAUCUCUAUUUCCCCAAAGAAUAUCCUUUGCGUCCACCUCGAAUGAAGUUCGUCACAGAAAUUUGGCACCCUAAUAUUGAAAAAAACGGAGACGUCUGCAUUUCAAUUUUACACGAGCCGGGAGAUGAUAAGUGGGGAUACGAAAAAGCAUCUGAGCGCUGGUUACCCGUGCAUACAGUGGAAACUAUCUUGAUAUCAGUGAUAUCAAUGUUGGCUGAUCCCAACGACGAGUCUCCAGCAAAUGUAGAUGCCGCCAAAGAAUGGCGAGAAUCUUAUCCUGACUUUAAACGGAAAGUAGCUCGCUGUGUCCGAAAAAGUCAAGAGGAGUGCUCGUAGAAAGUGGAUUUGCCCUAUAUUUGUAUAUUUAUAUUAAAAAUUUGAUACAUUAAAAAGAAUAACUGAAUUAACAGACGAA